GUCAGAUCUUGAGCUGGAUACUUUAUUCUACGAAUAUUCGUAAUGGGCCAUAUCGAUAAGAUUUCCUUUGAGUGCGAUGACACCAAGGUCAGAACCGGAUGGUGGCAUUGUAAUUAUAAAUCUUCACAUUCACUGUAGACUAUAUGUACAUCAGCAUCUUGCUUGCCGUAGCAGGAGCAAUUCAGUGAUCCUCCAAUAUGCAUGUUUGAUUGAUUAUUGACUUUUCGUGCAAUUCCGAUGUUUGACUGAAAAAUUUGUGUGACUGAGAAACGUUUACUUUGACAUCUCAUAGCACAUCAUGUUCAAGAAAUUCUCCAAGGAAGACGUCCAUUCUCGUUCCAAUAUCAAGUCCUCUGCUCAAAGAGGGUUGAAGGGUAACUUUGUAUCACAAUUCGAGGCCCUCGAGCCAGUGAUUGAUACCAUCAUACCGAAAAAGUCCCAAGCCAUUCUUAUCAAAUGUGAAGACAAGAUCCAGUUGUAUCUGAUUGAUAACGAAGUCGUGUUGUUCCAACACUUUGACGACUUGAUUCCCACCUUGAAGGUCGUUCACAAGUACCCCCAAUGUUUCCCAAGAGUGCAAGUCGACAGAGGUGCUAUCAAGUUCGUGUUGUCGGGAGCAAAUAUCAUGUGUCCAGGUUUGACAUCUGCUGGAGCUGAUUUACCGGAAGAGAACUUGGAAGAAGGUUCAAUUGUGACAAUCUACGCCGAAGGUAAGGAAACUGCCUUGGCUGUGGGUAAGUUACUUAUGAGUACAAAUGACAUUAAAUCUAUUAACAAAGGUCAUGGUAUCGAGUUGUUGCAUUACUUGGGCGAUGGAUUAUGGAACCAUACUGAAUAAAUGGGAUUCUAAGUUAGUUUGACUUUGCUU